AUGAGUUCGAUUGCCAGAGAGAUCCAACCUAUGAUUGAAAGCAAUCCAGACAUGCCAAUUCAAGCAAUCCAAAGUCAACUGCUUCGGAAGCAUCAACUUGAAAUAUCACUACAUAAGGUCUUCAGAGCCAAAAGGAUAGCAACUACGAAGAUCUAUGGUGAUUACCAAGAACAGUAUGGUCUGCUAAGGUCAUACUGUGAUGAACUUCUAAAAGCCAACCCAUGUAGUACAAUUAAAAUUGAUGUGGAGCCAUGUGGGAACUCAGCUAGUCCUACAAGGCAGUUUCGAAGGGUCUAUUUUUGUUUUGCCUCUAUGAUGAGAGGAUUUAAGAUGAUUGGAAGACCAUUGCUGGGUGUGGAUGGUUGUUUCAUGAAAGGUCCAUUUCCUGGACAGAUCUUGAGUGCUGUUGGUAUUGAUGGGAACAAUAGCAUAUAUCCAGUUUGUUAUGCCCUGGUUGAGGUAGAAACAACACAAACCUGGAAAUGGUUUUUGCAACUGUUGAGAGAUGACCUAGGGUGUACGACUAACUCUUGUUUCACCUUCAUCAGUGACAGACAAAAGGGUCUGAUUCCUGCUAUGCUAGCUGUUUUUCCUAAUGCUGAGCACAAAUUUUGUUUGAGGCGCAUUCAUGAGAACAUGAAAUCCAAGUGGCGUGGAGAUCUUUACAAGAAUUUGCUUUGGUCAGCCGGAAGGAAGAAAUCUAUUCCAUACUUUAACUAA